CAUGUUGUUUGUGAGCUCAGGUGUUCUUCAGUCACUUUUGCUGCGGUCGGGGGAAAAGCAUGGGGAAAGUUCAGGAGUUUGAGAUCACGUUGGACAAAAACAAAGUGGUGUACACUCCGGGGGAGUCCAUCACCGGAACCGUGUCGUUCAAACUGGGCCAGCCGCUGCAGAGUAAAGCCAUCAAAGUGAACUGCAACGGUUUCUGUGGUAUCAACAGUAAGGCAAAUGACACUGCCUGGACCCUGGAGGAGCAAUACUUCAACAGUACCGUGUCCGUGGCAGAUAAAGGAACCCUGAAACAGGGACAACACACUUUUCCCUUCAAGUUUCUCAUACCAGAAUCUGCUCCGACAUCUUUUGAAGGCAACUAUGGUAGGAUCGUUUACAGAGUGAGAGCUUUUAUUGACACACCGCGAUUUGCCAAGGACUACAACACUGAGAAAGCUUUCUACCUACUAAGCCUUCUGAACCUGAAUGAAGUGGCAGACAUAUGGGGACCCUGUUCAUCUGCAGUGAAGCAGCAGUUCACCUACAUGCUGAUGAAAACAGGCACAGUGGCGUUGAAGGCCCAGUGUGACAAGAAGGGUUACACACCAAACCAGAUCAUCCAGUUGUUGGUCAACAUCCACAACCAGUCUGGGAAGACCACAGGCAACAUGGCCGCCAGCCUCAUGCAGAGAGUUACCUAUGAGACGAAGAAGCCCACCCAUGAUGUCAGGACGAUAGCAGAGGUGGAGGGUGGUGUGGUAAAGGCUGGCAAGGAGGUGGAGUGGAAGGAGCAGAUCAUCAUUCCUCCUCUUCCUCAGUCCUCCCUGGCUGGCUGUGAACUUAUAAAGAUUGAAUAUUAUGUCAAAGUCAGUCUAAAGUCUCCAGAAGUCAUGGUGACAUUACCCAUCCACAUCGGGAACGUCUCGCUAGAUGAAAAACUGCACUCUUCCAAAAGAGCAGCUCCUCCGUCCUCUGCUGCAGCUGAAGAUACACUAGCAUCUGCCUCCACCCCCAACACCUCCACCAGCUCCCCGUCUCUGCCCCCUCGUACUGGCCCAAAACCUGCUCCCCGUCCCAACCUUCGCUCCAGGAUGUCCUCCCACAAUUCCCCCAGCGCUCCUCCAGCUGAGUACCACCCUGGAGCAGAGGGCGGGACUCCGAUGAACGACGGCUUCCCCAACAAGCGCCAAUCUCAGCUGGUGUCACCAAACGCUUUCAGCUAUGCUCCCGGCCUCUUUUUCUCCCAGAACCAGCAGCACAAUGGGCCCAGCACCGUACCUGGUGAGCCUAUGCUCAGUGGGUCCACAGGAGCCACAGCACCUUACCCCACUGAGAACAGUGCUAGCUCCAUGCCAACACCGCUCAUCCUGCCUCCAGACUACGGCGCCUCAGCUUAUCCACAAGAAGCUCCUCCUUCUUAUGAUGAGAGCUUCAACACAUGAAGUGGAUGAAGAACCAGUGACCUUCCACCAGGAGGACCAUCACUUCUCUCUGAUGUCCAACAAAACGCUGUCAUGCCAUUUUAACAGGUUGUAAUUUACUCGGACAAAAUGAUUGCAAGACAGGAAGGUCAAUGUAACCUGGUAUGAUGAGGUUAUUUUAGGUUUAAGUCUAAAUGUAAGAGAAUCAGCAUUUUGAAUUGAAAUGAACAUCUGCUGCCCGGUGAACAAUCCCUUCACCUAUCUAAAUCUCCUAAUCUCCUUCAAACCUGCCUCAGCCAAUUAACUCUGUUCAUUUUAGGUUUACUUUUAGCACUUUGAGUGAAAGGAAAUACAAGGGGACUAUGCAGAAUGGAAUUAGCUGUUCUUUGAACAGUAACAGGACUCAUGCUUUUAGUUGUGGGUUAUUUAGUAAUCACUUGGAUGGCAUCUGUGAUGUCAAGUUUGAAAGUUGUAUGUAUGAAAGCUUGUGUAAGACAAGCCUAUCUCAUCUGAAGUCUAAGUCUUAAGUCUUAUAUACUUUUUUUCAGAAACCAAGUAAGAAGUGAAGCAGAAUAUUUAUUAUUCUAAACAGGGGAAAUACUCUCCAUUCUUCUGGAAUAUUUGGAAAGCCCUUUUUUUACAUGGCUUUGAUUGGGAGGUUUUAAUUUUACGGUGAUAAUGAACAAUACAGAUAUUUCUACAUAUAGCUUUGUAAAGAUAUAAUGCAUGAUCCAUGUUUGAUCCUUUGUUAGCUCCAUGUCCUUGAACUGUGUGGUAGUGACUGUUGUCUGCUUAGAGAAUGAUGCUUGUGUAAUCUUCUUCCCUUACUGAAUGUAUGUUGUGUAUAUACCAGACAUCCCCUCUGUCUCGUUUCUUUUAAUCACUCUGAUUUGAGGUUUUUGGGGGUAAUUCUUGAUCUAGUUCACAAAUGUAUUUUAAUUAUAGAGUUCUGGUAUUUCUUGAUCAAGUUAAAUCCGUCAAACAUGCAGAGAGACAACGUUUUAUUUAUUUAUUGU